CGUGGAGGAGGAGUAGCUGCACAAGCUGGUGCAGAAGAUCGUACCGCUGGCUGAGGAGCUCCUUCUCGUUUGAGUCUGCUUCGCACUCGCUUACAUUACACUUUGGACUGACACGGACUCGCUUGGGGGGGUUCCCGUCCUGCAGUUGCGGGUCUUUUUUUUCCACGUUCCUUUUUUUCCUGAAUGACGGGCGGACGGUUCGAUUUUGACGAUGGCGGCACUUACUGUGGCGGUUGGGAGGACGGCAAAGCCCACGGGCACGGUAUCUGUACUGGACCCAAGGGUCAGGGGGAGUAUUCGGGCUCCUGGUCUCAUGGAUUCGAGGUAGUGGGCGUCUAUACCUGGCCCAGUGGCAACACGUAUCAGGGAUACUGGGCGCAGGGUAAACGGCAUGGUCUCGGCGUGGAGGCGAAGGGCAAGUGGAUAUAUCGGGGCGAGUGGAGUCAUGGCUUCAAGGGGCGUUAUGGGGUGAGACAGAGCAUUAGCACUCCGGCCAGGUACGAGGGCACCUGGAGCAAUGGGCUGCAGGACGGCUACGGGGUGGAGACCUACGGAGAUGGCGGUACUUAUCAGGGACAAUGGCUAGGAGGCAUGAGACAUGGAUAUGGUGUUCGUCAGAGUGUGCCUUAUGGUAUGGCCACUGUCAUUCGCUCGCCGCUCCGAACCUCACUUGCUUCCCUACGUAGUGAGCAAAGCAAUGGCAGUGUUCUACAUGACACUUCUACAGAUAGCCCUGCUGGCACUCGAGGCGGGUUUGUCCUGAAUUUUCACAGCGACUCUGAAGUUAUGACUGGAAAGAAAAAAGGUCUGUUCAGAAGAGGAUCAUUGCUCGGUAGUCUAAAAAUGAAAAAAUCUGAAUCCAAGUCCUCAAUAUCCAGCAAACGCAGCUCUGUCAGGAGUGAAGCUACUAUGAGCCGAAUUAGUUCUAGUGAUGCCAACUCCACGAUAAGCUAUGGGGAUGCUGACUGUGACUACAAUCCUGUAGAAGAUCAUGUUGAUGCUACCACGACUGAGACCUACAUGGGAGAAUGGAAGAAUGAUAAACGCUAUGGGUUUGGUGUUAGUGAACGCUCAAAUGGUAUGAAGUAUGAGGGAGAGUGGAUGAAUAAUAAGAGGCAUGGCUAUGGUUGCACAAUAUUUCCAGAUGGUUCCAAGGAGGAAGGAAAGUACAAAAACAAUGUCUUAGUUCGAGGAAUUAGGAAGCAGCUUAUACCCAUUAAAAACACCAAAACCAAAGAAAAGGUGGAGCGAGCUGUUGAAGGAGCCCAGCGAGCAGCUGCUGUUGCAAGAACCAAGGUGGAGAUAGCAGCAUCAAGAACUGCACAUGCAAGGGCUAAAGCUGAUGCUGCAGAUCAAGCCGCCCAGGCUGCUCGUCAGGAGUCUGAUAUUGCAAGAGCCAUUGCUAGGGAACUUUCACCAAGUUUCCAUCAACCAGGUCUCGAUUACAUAAAACAGAUGUUUCAUGAUGCUGUAGAAGUGAAGGAGGUCCCAGAACAGAAGGUUCAAGAAAAAGUUGAAACUCCAGGAAAAGACAGCCCUCAUUUUUAUCGAAAAGGCACAACUCCUCCAAAUACUCCAGAAGAAAGUCCACCUUCAUCCCCUAUUGUUCCCCUACCAGCAGAGGAUAAAAGGAAAAACUUUAGCUCUAGCAGAAGCGCCAGUGCAGAGUUAAAGAGCACAUCUGAAAUGCAGACAGUUAUCAAACCCUUACCAAGAAAAGGAUCUGUGAAGUCUGAGGUAGCUGUAAAGCCUCCAUUAAAACAUUCAGUCUCUCACAAUCCAAUUAGUCCAGGCAAUGGAGAGUUGCAUUCUCAGUAUCACAGUUACUAUGUUAAAGCUCAGACUUCACUGGCGCGAGAAGAACCAGAAUAUGAUAGCCAUGACCUUUCUCCUAGUGAACUGGCUCGCCUUGUGCCAACUCAGAAGCAAACACCUGGGCGAUCAGCAGCUAGUAAGUCUAAAGCACUUGCCAAAGAAAAUGAGCCUGAGCCAAAAGUGAAGAGAAUGGAAAUGAGUGCACCAAAGAAUAAAGCACAAGAACUCCUCCGAGACGAGGAGGAUGCAUCUGAAAUGGUACAGAGCAAUGCGGGUCCCAAUUCUAUUUUCAUUGGCAUGGUUAUGCUGCUGAAUAUUGGUUUAGCCAUUCUGUUUGUUCAUUUUCUGACUUGAUCAGAAAUGUAAAAGCUAUGCCUGAAUGUGAUUCAACAUAAUUACUUAAUGAUCUAACUGUUUUGACCCUUCAGUGAAGUCUUGACAACUAGUGGUAUUAGCCCACAAUUCUCUGCAGUUGUCAUCGGCUGGUUUAAUGGCACCCGUCAUUCUCAAAGGAAAAGGAAGCUUGAAUUUAAAGUGGGACACAAGAGAGAUGAGCGCUGGAACAUUCAGUCAGUGGGCUGAUCAGUUCACUUAUGAUGAUUUGUAGCUCUGGUGUUCUCUGUGAUCAGCCAUGUGGGAAAGCAAUUAAAAACCUGCUGAAUCAGCGUUAGUAGUGAUGUACAUGGCUAGCACGUCUGAUCUUACACAAUGUGACUAAAGUGGAAAUGUGUGGAGUUGCACUUUUGUAGAUGGACAUUAACAGCUGUCUUAUAAUGUUAACAUCUGAUGUUUGUAGCUUAGAGAUGGGAAAAAAAAAUGACUGACAGAGGAAUGUGGUCAUGGAUUCUGUUGCAGUGGAUCGAAUUUUCAGUGUUCACGUCCUUCUGUUUAGAGGAAAUACAUUGGCAUCAUCACUCUUCAGUCUUAUUCUUUUACCUGCCACCACCGCCAUCUCCUGCGCUGUUCUGGGAGAUUGAAUUUCAGCCCCCAUGUGCAUGAUUUUGUUCAUUUUAGUGUUAAUUUUAAUUUCUACCUUUUAUAUAAUCAGAUUCUGUAACUAUGUCUGGUUCAUAUUUCUUUUGUUAGACACCAUAAGAACAAGAAGUAGCUCUUGUGUCUAAUUGUGCAGUUAUGGAAGGAACGCUCUCCAGAUACUUGGCAGUCCAUAAGACACACAUUAUUUUAUGGAAUGCACAAUUCACAAAAUGUUUUUACAUCAUUACUUUCAUAUCUUAUAGCACUUACAAAAAUACAAGUUAGGCACAGUUAUUAAUACAGCUGAGCCAAGGUAUUUCAUAUUUUAUAGGUAUAUAUAAAAAUUGCUCACUGAGUGUUUAUUUUUAUUGCCAUUUUUAUUUAACUGCUUCAUGGCAACAGUUAAAAAAAAUGCAUAUCCGAGGUUUACCUGCAUAUUUGCAUCUGCUGCUGUUUAGAUGCCUGAAGUUAGUAGCUGGUGGAUUUUGAACUCUGCUGUAUAAAAUAUAUGUAGCUCCAAGACAUCAGCUGGUCUGGGGGCAGACUUGUCUGCAUGGGCACGGUUGCAAUGAGGUGUAGGAAGUAAAUUAUAAUUUUUGUGUUGAACACAUUCAGGUGGAGCAUUUGGGGUACUUUUAAAAUGUUAAUAGACCUGACACCUUUAUGUUCUUAAUGUUCAGCAAAGUUUACCUCGGCAUAAAAACCUCACUUUUUUCUUUUAGACUGUUUUGUCUUAAUUAGUUAAAUGUUUCUAACCAAGGACUGGUCAUUGUGCUGUAUUUUACUUACCCUGAGGUAUUAAGCAUGUUGAAUUUUAAUUUAAUUGCCAAUGGGUUCUGUAUGUGGUAUGACUCACUUGAAGGUUAAACUAGAUUAUGUAGUUUUGAGCAUAUAUUUAAAAUUAAAGGGCUUGUGAUUGUUGUUUUUUUUUAAUUUAUUUGUUUGAAAGUUGUUUUUCAUUUUGUUUUUGAAAUUUUGGACUACUUGUGAGUUGGUAAGUUGCAUGGGUUAACUUAAAAUGACAAGAAAGUAUUAAUAGUGUAGUGAUGCAAAAAAAGAGGGGUAUGAUCUGUGUGGGAUGAGACUUCUCUUUCAAAAUAAUCUGAUUUCAGUACAGUAACAAAAAGUGGUGUUUUUUGCAGAAGUAUGGUGAAAAUCCUGUGUGUGUGACCAGUGUGGAGUAACGAAGAGAACAGAAAGGCAACAUAUGGAAGUGAACCACACUUUUAUAUAAAUAUAUAUAUAUUUGAAAAUGAAUUACAUUUGGAAUUCUAACACUAAAAGAUGUGUGUAAUUCUUGAGGGUCAAUCAUGAAUGUAACACUUGAUCCUUGCCUGACAAAAUUUUGAAAUGUGUUUAACUUGUUCUCAACCAGCCUAAGAUUGUGAGUGUAAAUGGUUAAGAAAUUAAAAGAAAUCUUUAUACAAUGUACGCAUGUCAAGUUAAUUUAUAAAUAUGUACAAUUUCUAAGCUUUUUUUAAAAAGCUCAAGUCAGAUACUGUUGUAUUUUUCUAAGAUGUGCACAGCUGUAUUUUAAAAUGAAAUGCUCUUUAUAACUGGUUGUUAUAGUGUACACGACAUUUUGUACAGUGUAUGGCUGCUGCUGCUUAACUUUUUCAUACUUUACCAUUUUGAAUAUUUGUUUUUUAUUUUUGUCCUGAGAAAGAAAUUUGAUUUAUAGUUCUUUGAACCCAGCCUGCAACAUGCAUGUUUUUUCAGCUGUAGAUCCUGUACUUAAAUUUCAGACCUUCUUAAAUGACUGUGUCUACAGUGGUUUUAACUCAGCCUCAGCCUAUCUACUUUUAUACAGCUGACUCGUAUGCUAACCAAGUCAGCUGCAAGGCUGAACUUGCAGUUUUUCCAAGCUGAUACCAGAUUCUUAUUUUAUAUGUUUUUCCACUAAGAAACAAACUGUGCCUUGUAAUAUCAGCAGCAAAAAGUUUUAUUUUAUUUUUGAUAGAAAGUUCUGUUUGAAAAGUCCCCGCUUAAUGCCCCUAGAUAUUUCUUAGACAGAUAUGCUCAGUGAGCAUAAAAGUCAGUUGCUUACCUGUUUCUUCUAGUUUUACAUAUAUAUAUAUUAUAAACAUGAUGGUUUCCUACAUGUCUGUAAUGAGGAAAGUUAUAGUUCAGUAAGAAAUUGUUUUUACUAGAUGUUUGUGUUUCAGUCAAAACACAUUAAUGAUGUCCACUACAAUAUGGAAUUAUUUAAAUACAUGUAAAGUUAAAAAGACAUACCUUAGUAUUUAUUUAAUAAAGUAUAUGUUUUCUGAAA